UCUACUUCUUUCUUAUGAAACAAACAUCUAACUAACUUUUCCCUCGUAUAUAUAUAAGGCAUCAUCAGCUCAAUUCCAGGUCGGUAGAGAGAGAGAGAGAGAGAGAGAGAGUCCAGCAUCAGAUCAAUCGGAGAGCUCAGCACCAUAAUAGUAUCUCGCAGUCGUUAUGGUAGGUAUCUCUUUGCGUUUCCCCAUAUCGGCUUUCUGAAGCGAGCCAGAGGGGGUUGGUUUGGUUUGUGGUUCUCUUGCUGGCAGUCUUAUCAACACCAAUAUUUCAUGUUAUCAUAGCUACAGGAAUGGCAAGCUUUCUAGCAAGCAUAGGAUUUCUAUGGAGUGAAUGGGAACUGAGGGCCUUGGUUCUCACUAGCCUUUUUAUUCAGGCUCUACUUAUUUCCCUUGGAAGUAUCCGAAAGCAUACACCAUCCAGAAUGAUCGGUUUCCUCAUUUGGUCGAGCUACUUGUUAGCCGAUUGGGUUGCAACUUUGGCUCUUGGUGUCCUUGCUAAGAGCCUAAUGAACAACUCUUCUGAUAGAGAUCAUCAGUCUGGAAGCAGUGUAAAGGAUGAGCUUAAAGCAUUUUGGGCACCUUUUCUUCUACUACAUCUAGGUGGCCCAGACAACAUCACAGCUUUCUCAUUAGAAGAUAAUGAGCUUUGGUUGAGGCAUUUGGUUGGACUCCUUUUCGAGGUUGGAACUGCAAUAUAUAUCUUCAUCAUCAGCUUCUUUCCUGCUGUACCUAGCCUUUCCUGGCUGAUCAUCACCAUUCUAAUGUUCAUGGGGGGAAGCAUUAAGUAUGUAGAGAGGACAUUGGCUCUCAUGAAGGCAAGCCGAGAUCAUUUUAGGAAAUCCAUGGUUACUGAACCAGACCCAGGACCUGACUAUGCAAAAUUCGUGGAGGGUUACUCUUCCUUAAGGAAUUCAUGGCUAGAAUCAGAUAUAUCCUUAGAAGUUGAACCAGAGCUGCCUCCUCCAUUUCAGGAUAACACUAUUAAUCAGGAAGAGAAGGAAUUAGACAGCAAAAAAAAAGGUGAUGAUCAAAUUGAGCUCAUAUCGAAAGCCCAUCAUUUCUUUCAGAUAUUCAAGCGUCUCAUUGUUGAUCUCAUCCUCACUUUCCAUGAUCGAAAUGAAAGUCGGUCCUUCUUCAUGAAAAAAAAUUGGGAAGAAGCUUAUAGAGUUGUGGAGAUUGAACUUGGGUUUUUGUAUGAGGUUCUAUAUACCAAGGCCGCUGUUGUUCAAUCUUUCUCAGGUUGGAUUUUCCGCUUCACCAGUGUCUCCUCCAUUAUUGCUGUUUCCAUUAUCUUCUUAGCCGUCAUUGAGAAGCAACAAUAUGACAAGAUAGACAUAAAAAUAACAUAUGUCUUAUUGAGUGGAGCUAUUGCUCUGGAGUUCUGGUCACUGACCCGAUUAUUCUUCACAGAUUGGACCAUUGUUUGGAUGAAGAAGAAAAAAUUCAAUCGACCUAUUACCAGAUUUGUGUUUAAACUUCUUUCUUAUAGAAGACCAUCCAACCGGUCAAGGUGGUCUAACUCCAUGGCUCAGUACAAUUUGAUUGAGUUUUGCCUCAAAGAUCACCACGAAUUGUCUUAUUGGGUUAAAUUCAUGAAGCUCAUUCAUGUAAAGGACCAUUUUGAUAAACAAUGGCACAGAAGUUACAAGGAUAUCUCUGAGGAGCUUAAAAAAUUUAUCUUCGAGGGUCUGAAAGUUAAGGUGCAAAAUCUCACAGAUUCCGUGUCUUACCAGCAAUUCAGAAGUUUUAGAGGUCAAUUGACACUUCAAAUGGUAAAAUAUGAGGAUGUUGAUGAUAAUAGCAUGAAAGAGAUACUGGAUAACAGCAUCAAAGUUGAAUUUGAUGAAAGUAUUUUGCUUUGGCACGUAGCUACAGAUAUCUGUUACUAUUUGGAUGGAGAAGAGGGUCAAUCUGAAACAGUGCAGUCCAACCAGAGAAAUAGCAGAGACAUCUCUAAUUACAUGAUAUAUCUUCUUGUAUCAUGUCCAUUUAUGUUGACAGCAGGUAUUGGACAAAUCAGAUUUGGGGACACUUGUGCUGAGGCCAAAAGGUUUCUACACCGAGGAGAGAUAGAAACUGAUAAGAAACGAGCCUGCACAAGGCUUCGUGAGGUAGACACAAAAAUUCCACCAGUACAAGUGAAAGGUGACAGAAGUAAAUCUGUAUUAUUUGAAGCAUCUAGGGUUGCAAAAUCAUUGUUGAAACAGGUACCUCAAGUUGAGAAGAGAUGGGAGAUCAUAAACCUUUUGUGGUUGGAGAUGUUGGGCUAUGCGGCAAGUGAAUGCAGAGGAUAUUACCAUGUUGAGAGACUUGGUUCUGGGGGAGAGCUUCUCACCUUCGUCUGUUUUAUAAUGGCACAUCUUGGUAUAGGAGAGCAAUACCGUGUAAAUCAAGGCCAUGCUCGAACUGCAAUAAAUUUAGAUAUGUAGUAAAGUAUUGAGGUAUUUCUGUUGUUGGGCUGGCUCUGCAAAUGCUCAGUACGUAUUCUGUGUUUUUCUACAAGACAUCUUACAUUUGCAGUCCUUUUUUAAGUCAUGUAUUUUCCUUUUGGUUCCAAGGGAGUUUAACAGUAUAUCUGACUCGGGUUCUGUCUA